AUGCAUGUUGAAACUCUUUUUAAACCUAAUAGUAGAAUAAGUGAAAGUAAUGCUCAUAUCAAGGAGCUUCAUGAGCAGUCAGUCUCUACUAAUGAAGAAAGUAAAAGGCGUUUCCUUGAAGAGAUUGUCAAAUUAAUACAAGAAAAUCUUAACUCACUUAAAUCAGGGGAGCCAAAUCCAAUCAUAUUAUCAUACAUUGCCCUUAUCAUAGUACUUCGCCCUGAUUUUAAUUACCUAAAGUCUUUGCUUAACGAAAAGACACCUGUUUCAGUUGCAGGAAUGAUAUUAAACGGUCUGAAACAAACGCAAAACUCAACAGAUGUCAAGCCUAUAGUCAUAGGAUACAUGAAUUCAUUGAUAAAGAACCCAUUUCCCCAAACCAUCAAAUCAUACUAUUCAAAGACCGAUUUUACAUCAUUAAAUGGCGUUACUAAGCUUAUUCAAUCAUUAAUAUCCGAUAACUCAGUAAAAGAAGUCGUAUUUAAGUUAUUCGAAGCUGUUAAAGCAAUUAACAAGAAUCAAAUCACUUCAUCGUUCGUAAGAUUCAUGUCUGCACUUUACACUAUCACUUUUGAGUACUUAUCAUCAACAAAAGACAAUGAACUUCAAUCUGCCGCUGUAGAGUCGUUUGAGAAGGUCAUAAGUGCUUCAUCUCAGACAUACAAUGACUUAUUACUAUACUUUUUCGAACCAUUCCUCUCAAUUUACCAGAAUUUCUUUCAAUCUACUGAUAUCAAGAUUUUAUCGGCAUUAGUCAACAUAUUUACGACAUCAUUAGAGGUCAUGACAAACUGGAAAUACGUAGAAUGCAAAUUUAACCAGAGUCCGCAUUUAUUUGUCAAAUUCUUCAAUUUGAACAACAAUAUCACAGCACAGAACCUCAUUUCGACAUACUGCUUGCAUAUGAUACACAAUACUACCGACAAAUUCUUGAAAAUCGAUGAUUUCUCAAAAAUUAUUAUAAAUACCAACAAUCCGCCUUUGAUUUUGACCUUAUUCAACUACAGCCAGAACUUCAUUGGUGCCAUUGGUGGCAAAUUUAGAAGAAUGGUCGGUUCUACUGUUAAAGAAAGCAAAAAAUCAGAUUUCGUAACUCAAAAGUUCCCAUUUUCAGCAGAUUACUGGGAAGAAGCUCCUGACUCAAUCGAUUCCGAUAUAUUUACUAAGGUUACGCUCAAAGUUUUCAAUAAUGAAGAAGAUGCAGAGAAAUUCUAUCGAAAACAACUCGACAACUUCAUAAAACUACUUGGAAAAUUCAGGAAUGCAUCUUUCUUCGUACAAUCUCUACUUCCUCUCAUUAUUCAUUACAUUAAUUCGAAUAAUGAGUACAAAACAUUUUCAACCACAUAUAUUUCCAGCUUCUUUGCAUCAUGGAUAUCCAGUAUAUUGAAUGUUUUACACGCAAAGUUCGUUCUGACGCUUUGGAAGAAAAAUGAUUUGUUUAUUUCAGCCACGAACACGGUUUUCCAGUCGAUUUCGGAUAUAACACGUAUCCUGAAUUCAGCAUCUCCACAAAUCAUCGCUACAAUUACGAGUAAUUUCGGAAAUAUUUUCUUUGAACACGCCAGUGAGAAUUCACUGACUAAAGAUGCUCUGAAGAUGAUCAAAGCCAUGGAUGUAUCCGAAGCAAACCAAAUAAGGCCACUUUUUACCACUUUGUUCUCAUAUUCAUUUAAAUGGCUGUUUGACACGGCUUGCAGCAAACGAAACCUUAUUGCUUCGAGGUUUGAAGACGAGAUAAGCAAGUGGGGAACGUACAUUCUCUUUUUGGUCCGUUCAAUUUCGUAUAAUAAAUCAAAUUGCUCCAAUUUGAUGCUUUCAGCCCACAAAAAGUUCAUUCUCACUUGUUUAUAUAUUAAUAUCAAGAAAGCAGCUAACCAUCAAUGCGUAACAAAGUGUAUUAAGUAUAUCCAAAAUUUAAUCAACAUAAUUGAGGACGAACAGCUCCAAUAUGGCUUCAAAUCAUCCUAUUUGAACGAUGUACUACCUGACGCACAAUGCGAGCUCAUUUUCCAUGCUUAUAACCUUAUUUCCGGAGAAAAGUCUCCAGCUGGCAUUUCCCAACUGUUUCCGUUAAUAGAUACAGCCUUGAGAUCCGAAAAACCAGAACACGUCGAAGAAGCGGCCAAAUUAAUAAUAAAAAUCACUUCCAGCGAUCCAGAGCUUAGAUCUUUCGGAUCCAGACCACAGAUUUCGUAUCUAUUCCACCAGAUGAUCCAAAAAUCCCAUUUAUUGACAGAAGAAACGAGAUUAAACUUAACUAGAGCGAUUCCUGCACUUGCAUCGUUUAUUAUCCAGCCAGAACCACUCAUUGAGCAUCCUGUAUGGAUCGUAGAUGGUAUAAACUUCAAUAUUCCGCUGAUGCUCGCAGAUAUUUUCAUAAAUCGUCCUCCAAAUGAGGAAACAGCCUAUGAUAUCUACAGUUUGAUCGCUAUUCUAAUAGAAUACUCCAUUCAGAUCAUCCAGAGAGAAGGAAAACUCGAUAAUAAGGUAAUUUUCUCUUUAAUCCUCCAUUUAUUCUUCCUUACGAGUUUCAAGAAGUUGUACAGCUUCCUCUCGCAAGAAAUCCAGAAGUUCGUAGAUAAAUUCAUUAGUAUUUACUAUGAAUCGAAAAAUUCUGAUUUCUUAUUUUGUCUUUUCCAAGCGGGAACCGCCUCAUCCUCAUUUGUCGGUAAAGAGAUCAUCAAAUCUGCCCGCUAUUUCAUCUCCGAAAUCAAAGAACACGUCGAAGUUUCGGAUAUUACGAAAAUUAUCUCAGAUAUGUUAAUCUAUUUCAAGCCACCUGAGAUGAAUGCAGCAUUGCUGAUUGGUCUAAGUGUCAUUGCCAGUAUCAUACCAUCCGCAUUCACUAUCCCUCAAGCGAUGAUUGUAAUUAAAGUGAAUGAAAAAGCGAGUUCCCUUGAUGCAGAGCGCUCAAACAUCAUAGAGAAGACUCUUGAGAACUUCUCCAAGGAAUUCCCCCAGAAAGCCAAAGUCCGAUUCGUUCAGGAUGUCUUCGACUACUUAGGAAGAAAUUCGUGUCCAUCGAGAUUCGCGAUAAUUAACGGUUUGAAAAAAAUCUGCACGCCCAUACAAUUAAAUUCGUAUGACGAGAUAGAGACGAAAGGCGAAUUAAUUUAUGCAUUGCAACAAUUAUCAUGUGCAAUGAUAUGCGGAAUUACUGGAAAACCACAAUAUACUCCAACAUUACAAAGAACUAUCCAAGCACUCUUCUCGUACAGAGAGGACCAGUCCUUGGCAUUGGAAUAUCUCGCUGCAAGAGGCUACUUGUUGUACGCAUUACUCGCUCAACCUGAUAUUCACAAGAAUUUCGUAGACGAUAGCCCUCUUUCGAAGCUCCUUUGCUCAUUCCUGCUGAAGUCAUUGACAACCAGAUGGAAGAUGGUCACUCUCACCGCGAAACAAACAUUAUAUUUAUUGGCCACUCGAGAUUUGUCAAGUUCGACCUUCGCAAAGCAAGUAGCAGAGUAUUCAGCGACCAGAGAAUCCGUAAUCCAGUUCUAUACCACACAACCAGAAAGAAUGAUCUUGUAUAUGAGAAUUUCCAGAUUUAUGUUCCAUAACGUCACUUCCCGUGUCUUCCUCAGAUUCCUUCAAGUCUAUUGCAAGAUCUCCAGACUUCCCGAUUCAAGAGUAAUGACACUUUUAGCAAAUUUAGAUGGAAUUCUCAAAUUUUUAUGCAUAAAGAAGUUUUCUGAACGAAAUGAUCUUCGCGCAGUGUUACUAGACAAAGACAGUGGUGUAGAAAACAUCCUUUCUUUCAUUAGAGCAACAGUAACAUUGUUAAAUCACGGAGAAAUUCCAUUUAAACUGUUAAUCCUCGACCACGUUAAGAAAUUCCUUUCUCUUUAUGCAGACCAAGCUAUACAAAUCUUCAGAGAUUCCUAUUUCUCAGAAGAUCUCUCUUGUAUACACCUUUUAAGUCAACUUUUGACUUCUGAUCCCUCUAAAAAGUACAUUAAGUACUUCUGCGCUGAUAUUGGUGGCAACGUCAAUUUCGCAGCCAAAUACAUAACAGUGCUCCACGAUCUAUUGAAACAACCUGUUUCUUGUUACGAUGAUAUUUUGAUACAAACCGUCAGAAAAAUUUUCGAACAUGUUUCAAUGAAAAAAGACGAUAUCAAUGCAGGUGAUGAAGAGAAAGCCACAGCAAUUGCUGCCAUGCACUUGAAGAUUUUGGCAAACCAGGAUAUAGACAAUGAAAAGAAUUUUAAUGAUGUAAUCGAUUUUGUCAAAAUUUUUGGUGUCACGUUUAUAAGAAAUUCGUUUAUUUUUGGGAAAUACGUUGAGACAUUUUUAAUCAACACUCCUGAACGUAUAUCACAUAAAAUAGGAACACAUUUUUGCAUGGACCAAGGAAUAACUGACAAAAAUCUUUUCAUUUUUAAGAAUUGUCUCAAAUAUUGUCACUUUUCUACAGAAGAAGUUAACAACAUCUUUGAUUCAUUGAUGGAAAAGGAAUCAGUAGACAAUGGAAUUUUCCUUGAUUCUAUAUUAUACAUGAUCAAACACUUCGAAAUAGAUGAAGACAGAAGAUGGAUGUUGUCAAGUGUGAUUUUGGCAAAUAUUAAAACUCCUUUGACGGUUAUUUUGGUUUUGACACUUAAAUUGGUCAAAGAACUUGUAAAAAGUGACACCAUUGAAAUUGAUUUACUUAAAUCAGUAUCAAAAGUCAUGUUUGCCGAUCAAAGAUUAUUCUCUCCUCCAACAGGAAAAUACGCUUUCGAAAUUUUGUCUUAUAUAGAAACAAAAAUUUCUGAAUUUGACGAUUAUUUAUCACCUUUUGUUUUAAACAUGGUUAUGGAGAAACUUGGGAAUAUCAAUGAUAUUAGAACGAUGGUUUAUUUCUUUAACCAAUGUCCGAAAAUGAUGAAUUUAUUACCAUUUAAUUUUAUUUUGUUAAUUACUGAACAACUCCAGAAAAUCAAUGAUUUCGACAAUGAUUCCAUUUAUUUAGUUGUUUCUUUCAUUGAUUUAUUGAAUGUUACUUACGAAACAAACAAGGAAUACUACAUUUACACGAGUUUGACAGAGAUUUACAGAAUAAUGUUGAAUUUAUUUGAAAAUCUCAAAGAUACAGAACAUUUUUGUUAUUCUCUUUCGCAAAUGAUUAUCAAACACAAGAUAAGGAUUCCUAACCAAGUUUUGUCUUCUCUCUUACAGAGAUCAUUCUCGAGAUCAAUUUUCUACAUAUUGAUCUCAAGUUUGGCAAAUCCUGAUUUAAUAUUUUUCGAAACAAUUUUGGAGUAUUAUGAUAAUUUGUUGAUUUAUGUCUUCGAUGUUGCGAAUUACUUCAAUGAAACGGAAUUGAUCGAUUUCAUGAUGUCUUCUUUGUUCGGAAUGGAUGAAUAUAACCAGAGAUUUUCUUACAUUUUUUACCCGAAUUUGAUCGAAAUGAUGAAGUCGUUAAAUAUUGCAAAAAUUGACCGAUUUAUCGUUCUUUUGAAUUAUUUCUUAAAGUUCUGUCAAAAUUUGGACAAAGCUGAAUUAUUGAUGCAAAUAAUGGAUAAAUUAUAUUUAUUAAAGGAAAAUACAGACCUCAAAUAUCCAAAAUUAUUUAAUAUUUUGGUCACUUCACUUUCUAUCGUUGUUCCAGAAAGACAAAGAGAAUAUUCGAACAAAUUGAUAGAAAAAGCAAUGAUUAACCAUGAUGCGUUUGAAGCAAUCAUUAUCAAUCUUCCUCACUUGAUGAAAUCAUCCGAAAUCAACAUAGAAAUCAAAAAAUAUCUAUGUAUGAGUUUGGUCAAAUCAAAAUUUGAACAUUUUUCUGACGCGGAAAGGAUUUUGGAUAUCAUUGAUUACUUGAUAGAAUUGAAUGAUAAAUUUGGUCUAUUUUUGACUCCUUUGCUGUUAACAAUUCUGUUGAUGACAAUUCAGAAUACAACAGCUCAUUUGAGAUUGAAAGCAAUUUCAAAAUUUGACAAAUUAUUGCCAUCAGAAAUUGAUGAAAAAGUGACAUAUUUAAUUCAAAAUUGUCCAAUAAAUAUAUGGGGAGAUCAAAGGAUUUCUAUCAUUGUUACUAUUAUUAUGUCCCAUGAGAGCAAGAUCUGGUGGCAUUUGCAGAUGUUCCCUGAUUCAUUGAAAUCGAUUUUAGACGAAACUCUUCAGUUCAUUUUCACAAAAACACUUGAAAAAGGAAAUGUUUCUUUGGUUGUUGAUUUCUUGGUUAAUGCAAUGCGACAUGGAUCCAUGAAGAUAAUAACCAAAGCAAUCAUGUACGCAUUAAGUAAUUGCAACAUGAAUUUGGAACAAAACAUUUUGAUCCAUUGUUUGGAAACAACAAAUUCUGUUGAAAUUUACCAACAAAUUUGCGGAAAUGAAGGUUUUGACAUAAGAACAAUCCAUUUCGAUAACUUGGCUGAUUACGAAUUCGCUAGAAAUCUUUACCUCAUGUCACCUGAACAAACCGCCGCAACCGCCAUGUCACUUUUGAACCAAUACAAAGCCGCUUCAGUUUUGUACCAAGAUUUCCCUGAGAAACUGCAAGAUUUCAACAUGAGAAUUGUCAAUGACCACUUCAAUUCUUCAUUCGACCAAAUAUUGCCGAUAAAAACCGUUAUUAAACCGAUGACUUCACUUAAGGAAUCUCCUGACAAAAUUUCAGAAGAAAUACAAAAUCUUUUUGAGAAUUUCAAUCCGAACACAAUAAAGAAGCAAAGGAAAGACAUUGCAAUAGUUCAACAUUCGAUUGCAAACAUAUUUAAACAGAAGAAAGUCAUUUCUUCGCCAGAAUUAGAAAGAUUGAUUUGUUUGGAAUCAUCAACAUUAAUUUUAGCAUCUGUCAUUGAUUCCUACAAAUCAAUCAAUCUAUUCGAUGAAGGCUUUGUCAGGGCAAUUAAUCCUGUCAUGUUUUCAUCAUUGAUCAGAUUGGAAAGACAAACAAAUGAAACAAAUUUGAGCCAAUUCCCUCAGAUUGAAGAAAACGAAGAGCCAAUUUUAGUUGUUUCUUCAACAAUGAACUCUUUGUUCAAGAGCAUCUGCGGAUACACGAACAGAGGAUUGAUUGCUGUAAGUCAUUCCCAAAUUACUCAACACGUCAAUGAAAUAACCAUGAGAAUAGAAAAAAGAGGUUUGCAAAUGAACGAAUUAUCCCGUUUCGCUCCUUUGACAUUCCAAAUUUUCUGUCUGCAACCAAAUGAGACUGUCUUCAAGAUAACAUCGGGAGCUUACCUGAGAAUACUCGAAAUGGAAUCAACCAAUUUCAUAAGAACAGAAUCAGUCGCAAGAUUGAUAACUCUUCUCAAAAUUGCCGUUUACGAUAAGAAAUUGAAUUUGGACGUUUCUGAUUUAUGUUCUAAGAUUUCACAGCUUAAAAAUGCUGAAAACUGGCUUAGUUUCUUACAAGGAUUGUUCUGUUUGGCUGAAUUCCCAUGGUUCAUCAAAGCUUUCCAGCCAAUGAUUUCGAAAUAUCCACAGAUUUCUUACAUCGCUGCUGUUUCUUCUGAAAAUUCUGAAGUUGCGAAAAUCAUUUCUAAUAUUUACUUGAGGAUUUCGGAGACACAUCUGUUGAAUGCCAUUAUAAAGAACAUAAACGAUUUAACAGAAAAUGAUAUAAUAAUGGCAUUGAGACAACAUUAUUUACAGAAGUUUUUGCAGUUCUUGAUGGAAAAGAAAUUUUAUAGAAAAGUCAAAAGUGAAAUGAAGAAAGAUGAUUCGGAAUUAAGGAAAUUAUAUGAUGAAAUACUUGUGACUGAUAAAGAAACACUAGAUUUGGAUAUGAUCUGCAAAGAAAAGCUCAAAAACCAAAAGGAAAUCGAUGAAAUCAUCGAAAGUGUCACAGGAAAACCGAAUUCUUCAGAAACAACGAAUACAAAUAUCAACGAAAUUGUUUCGAAUUUGAACACGAUAUUCCCGUUGCCAAACAACUCUCCUUUCCAACAAACAAUCUUCUGCUUGAAACUUAAUGAUGUAACACCGUUAAGCGACAAUUUAAUUACAAUUGGCUGCAUAACGGAAUCAUCUGAAAAAGGAAAUUUGUUGGUUUGGUCGGAACCAGGAAUAAAAUUCGCUGUAAGUUCGACGGUUUUGACAGUGAUUGAUUCAAUUUUCAAUCAUUGUUACGCGACUCACAAGAGGAUGAUUAAGUUGCCUGUUCCUCAGAUUAUAUCUUUAGGACAAGCACAAGUUAGUUUGUGCGCAGGAGAUGUCAAUUCUUUGUCCUCUCUGUUGAUGGCAAGUCAAAAAGAUAUUUUGCAAAAUUUGACAAAUAAAAGUGACAUUGAUUCAACAAUUUUGCAAAGGUAUUAUCAGAGGAAAUUCAACAAACACGACUAUCUGUUAGCCAAGAGGGAUAGUGCAGCAAGCUUCUCAGGAAGUUGCUUAGUUUCCACGAUCUUUUCUCUUCCUUACACUGAUUUACAGAACUUGAUGAUUCAUGAGAACAAAAUUGUUUUGUCUCCAUUGAGUUUCUACAAGAAUGAAUGCGGUUCUCCAUUCAGAUUAUCACCAAACAUCAUGACAUUCAUGGGACCUAAUUUCGAAGGAGUUUUCAUGAUCAAUUUCACUGCAGCUGCUUAUUCAAUGAUGUGCCAGUUUGAACUUUCUAGAGCCCUCUUCGAACACUUGGUUUUCGACGACGAAAACAAGUGGAUGGAAAACCCUUCUCUGACAAUUUACGCAAGGAGAUUGACAAUUGAAGAGAAGCUGAUCGCAAUCUCUCCUCCAACAGGAGUCGCUGUUACAUCUGAGGACUGCUUGGACUGGAUCAACCAGCUGAAGGAUUUGAUCGAAAGGGCAAAGGAUGAAUCCCUGCAGCCUGAUACAGCCAUUCCUUGGUUCUAA